UAAUGGUCAGUUGGAUUAGUAUUCGUCAUAGUUGUGGUGUUGAAGUUUAAGUGAUCGUAUGUACGAACAUUGCGGUUUUAGUUACACCAUAAUCUAAUUGUUUGCUGCCUAUUGUUUUAGCAGUAUUUAAAGUUGAAGUUUAAGGUUAGGCAACUUUUCGAGCAGCUUUCCAUUGUCGCGCCUGAGCAGAAUGGAACCGAAAUCAACAAGUGUGACGGCAAGUACGAGACUCAGGUCGCGGCCUCAAUUCCUGCUAGCGUUGCUCUUGUCGCUCUGUUUUUCCUGCUGUUUGAUUACUAGCUGCAACGCGUUGACAACAUUCGGGAGACAAUCGGGUAGACCCAGUUCACCGUCAAUAAUAAACGGCAACAACAACGGAAAAUUCAACGCGAAGAGACCACGAGUUAUGGCCGAAGCUUUUGCAAACGCCGGUCAACGUGCCGGACUCGAAAUUUGGAGGAUCGAGAACUUUGAACCUAAAGCAUAUCCAGCCAAGGAUUACGGCAAAUUCUACACGGGAGAUUCGUACAUAGUUUUAUCGACGAAAGAGAAAAAAGGAGUUCUAAGUUGGGAUAUACACUUUUGGCUUGGAAAGGAAACAACCCAGGAUGAAUCAGGAGCUGCAGCAAUUUACACUGUUCAAUUGGACGAACAACUCGGUGGCGCUCCAGUUCAACAUCGGGAAGUCCAAGAUCACGAAUCCCAACUUUUCCUAUCUUACUUUAAAAAUGGUGUAAGGUAUUUAGCAGGUGGUGUUAAUUCUGGAUUCACACACGUCGAUCCCAAUGCAUUCGAAAAGAGAUUGUUCCAUGUCAAGGGUAAAAGGAAUAUCAAGGUCCGUCAAGUGGACGCCACAAUUGCUUCUAUGAACACCGGCGAUUGCUACAUUUUGGAUGUUGGAAGAGACGUCUACGUUUACACCGGAAAGGAUAGUAAGAGAGUUGAAAGACUUAAAGCCAUCAGUGCUGCAAACCAGAUUAGGGAUCAGGACCACUCUGGAAGAGCUAGGGUUCACAUUAUUGAUGAUGCAAGCGAUGAAGCAGAAGUACAAUCUUUCUUCGAUGCUUUGGGAGGAGGUUCAUUGUCAGAAAUACCAGACGAAUCAGCUGGAGAAUCUGAUGCCGAAUCAGACAUUGAAGAAGAACCUGCUACACUUUAUAAAGUCUCUGAUUCCAACGGACCUAUCAAGAUAACGCCUGUUGCUCAGAAACCUUUGCGACAAAACAUGUUGGAUUCGAACGAUUGCUUCAUUCUGGACACAGGAGAUGCUAACAUUUUUGUAUGGACAGGAAGGAAUUGCAAGAAAUCAGAAAGGGAUCAGGCAAUGAGCAAAGCCCAAGAAUAUUUGCGAUCUAAAGGUCGUCCUGGGUGGACACGGGUUCAACGUGUCGUUGAAGGAACCGAGCCAACAAUAUUUAGACAGUACUUUGCUACAUGGCAAGGACAUGGUGAAUUGCAUCCUCGUCUCCUUCGUUCCGUCGUGGACGAACCUGCUUCCAAAUUGGAAGAUAAAAGCGGUGGUGAAGCGCCUGGAUUUAUGCCAGACGAUGGUACCGGCGAGGUAGAGGUUCUAAGAGUUACAGAUUCUGAAGUGAGCCCAGUUCCACCAGAAUCAGAAGGAAAACUGUUUGGAGACGAUUGUUACCUUAUUAAAUAUAAAACGGUUGAAGGAUCCUGGGUGGUGUAUAUUUGGGAGGGGAAACGUUGUUCUGAUGGAGAUAAAUUUACUGCGUUCCUUAAGGCAAUUGAGUUCAGCAAGGAAAAUGGAGAAACUCUCCCAAUUGUCCGAGUUGUCCAGAACUAUGAACCGAAACAUUUAUUGCACAUAUUUAAAGGUAAACUGGUGACAUUCCUGAGUGGAAAUGCAGCUUCAUUCAAAAGUAUUACGGAUUAUGAUGGUUAUGUCGAAGGAGAAACACGCCUUUACAAAAUUCGAGGAACUAACGCCCAAAAUUCUCGUGCUAUCCAAGUUGAACCAAAAGCCUCAUCUUUGGAAUCAGAUGAUGUGUUCGUAGCAGAAAAUGACAAUACCGCUUGGAUAUGGUUUGGAAAAAAUGCCGAUGAAGCUGAAAAAGAAUUGGGGCAUGAAUUUGUGAAGAUUUUAGCUCCGGGUUGGACACCUGUGGAAGUAGAUGAAGAUGUCGAAUCAGACGAAUUUUGGGAUGCACUUGGUGGUGAAGGAGCCCACGCCGCUAGCUACGAAGAAGAUCUCAAUGUUCCCGAAGAAGCCAGAUUGUUCCACGUGCAUGUUAAAAAAGCAAGGGCUAAAAUUGAAGAGAUACAUGAUUUCACUCAGGAAGAUUUGGAUGAUGAUGAUGUCAUGAUCUUAGAAAGUCCUUCGGAAGUGUUUAUUUGGAUUGGAAACAAUUCUACUGAAGAGGAGCGAAGAGUAAUGGGCAAGAAAUUGAAGCCCCUGCAAAGACACAAUCGUCAUAAUUCUGUACUUUUCUUCAUUAAACAAGGUCACGAACCUUCCAAUUUCAUUUCGAAUUUCCCUUCGUGGGAUCCGGAAUUGUGGGAAACAUCAGCUUCCAAAUACGUGGAUGUAAAAGCCAGAAUUCAAGAACUGAAUGCAGCUAUAGUUGAUGAAGAAGAUUAAUAAUACGCUAUUUGCGCUAUAUCCCUUCAUUCGCUUUUUAAUUGUUUUUAAUCGUGAUAAUAAAAUUAAUCAACUUUUGUUAUUAAUCCAAGUUAAUAAAGGAAAUAUAUUUUCAA